UAUAAAUGAGAGCUUCAUGUAGUUAUAAUCGGAAACCUAGAACAUUGUGCCAGACCUUGGAGGCCAUAUUUGACAUUGGAUGGCUGACUACAAUACUUCUUGGGAUCAAUCUAGGCUGCUUUGUCUAUGAGAUGUCUAUGCCCCCUGGAAAGAGACAUCAUGCUUGGUACAUGCUUUGUGCUUCUUCACUUAAGAUGAAUGAGGUGUAUAGGAUUGUUACAUCUGCAUUUUUUCAUAUAGGUAUUUUCCAUAUAUUUAUGAAUAUGACUACUCUUGUUGCCUUGUCUCCAGUUUUGGAGAAACACCAUGGCUUUGUGAAGUAUUUGCUCCUGAAUUUCAUUUUGAUCAUUGGACAAGGCUGACUUUGAUUCUUAAUGAUGCAUGGAAUGACCUAUGUUCCAGUGAAGUACAAUGGGAUAGGGAGUACUUACAGUAUUUGAACAGUAGGAUAUUCUGGUGUCUUGAGUGGCUAUACGUUGUUCUGGUCUUUUAUUGGGGAUGAAGAAGUGGAUGUGUGUGGUGUUGUGAAGAUUAGAAAAGUGUUCUUCCCAUGGGUUUGACUGAUAGUUGUGCAAGUUAUUAUACCUAAUGUGAGUUUUAUUGGGCAUCUGAGUGGAAUAUUGUUUGCAUGCAUAAUGAGGUUCACUUUGUUUACUAAGGAUGAGAAAAUCUGCGGGGAUGAAGAAUAUAUCUAUGCAAAGUUUAUCAACUUCAUCAGAAGAAGAAAAUCUAGCUAUUCAAGAUUCCACGAUAGUGAUAUGAAAGGAAUGAGAGUUGGAUCAAGCUUGAAAGAAAUAUAGAGUCUAA